AUGCGCUCGUUCAUUCUGCUGUCCGCCGCUGCGGCUCUCACACUCGCUUCUCCUGUCCCCCAAGAGCUCGACUUCUCUUUGAUCGACACUGUCGAGACUCCCUCGAACGUCACCAUCCCUACCAACACUGACGAGCUUGUCGUCGUCUACGACUCUGACUCUGCUGCUGCCGCCGUUCAGACUUCCGUCUUGACUGGUCAGACUGAGAUUGAUAUCUCAAACAGCACCACCAACAGCACCAGCUCUUCCACUCUUCGCAGACGUGGUACUUGUGCCGUCCAGGCCAGCGGCUCCGGCCCUGUUCCUUCUCCCGACACUGCUUCGGCCUUCCUCUCCUACUCUGCCUUUGCCAGCGCUGCAUCGGCUGCCGCCACUCCCUCUGGAUACACCCAGGCAUUCAAGAACUUGAACGCCUCCAACAACGCAUACGGCUACCUUGGUUUCACCAACCUUGCCUCCUACGACUCCGAGAAGUGUGCUAGCAAGUGUAACGCCAUCUCCGGAUGUGCCGCUUUCAACCUCUACUAUGAGCGUGACCCUAGCAAGGAUCCCGGUACUGGUUGCGAGAACCCCUCUUCUACUACCAACAUCAAGUGUGUUUUCUGGGGUGGCCCAGUGACCUCAUCCAACGCCAACAAUGCUGGACAGUUCAGAAGCAAGUUCCAGGUCGUUAUCGCUGGAUCCAACGGAUACGUGAACAACACCAUCGAGCCUGCUGAUGGAUUCAGCUCUCCCAACUACUACGGCAACACUGCAAUUGACGCUCCCGUUGACUGCAACGGUCAAAGCACUUUCCUCGGCAGCAAGGUCUUCACCGGAGGUCCCUUCGACGCCAGCCUUUGUGCUGCUGCUUGCGAUGCUCAGUCCGCUACCAACCUGAAGGCAAACAAGGCUACUUGCAAGUUCUUCAACACUUACAUCCUGUCUCGCAACAAUGUCGCCAUCGGCCAGUACUGCAACCUGUACUCCCAGACCUGGGCCAACUCGUACGCCACUUACACGGGAUCCAACAGCGGUGGCAACAAGUAUACUGUCUCCUACUCUUACGGUUUCUCCGCCUCUGCCGAUGCCGGUACCUGCAAGAAGCCC